GGGAGGACUGGAAAGUCCAGUCGCCAUGUUCUCUCGGUGACCCCAACACUGGUGCUGAGGUCCCGGGGCAAAGGGAAGCUAUAUCAUCUCUCCUGCCAUCGGAGAAGUGAGGUGGCCGCUAUGGAGUCUUCGAUGCACCUCUGCCUCCUCCUGGCCCUCCUCAGCAUCUCACAUGCAAUAGGACCAAAGGUGACUUUGCAAGUAAAGCUGACUGAGGCUUUCCAGGCCCAGGACUCUGUGUUCAAGAUGAACAUGCUGGAAAAGAUCUGUGUCGCCCUCCACCUCCCACCAGGGACCGACGUCACUCUCCAUCACACAGGGCCGCCAUACCACCUUACCUGCAGGGUCUGAGGCUGUGAGGGCCCGGGGCAUUCGGCUUUUGGGGAGUGGGCAUUGGGAGCGAGCGUGCCUUGACCUGGCAGCCUCUGGCCCUGCUGCGUGCUAAUAAACACGUGGAAUCCCAUGAUGGGUUUGGCGUGUCCAGUGGGUCUGUGAGCACAGGGCAGACAGGGAAAGCGAGCUGCGUGCCAGGAUCUCUGACUGGUUGUCCUGUUUGCUGACCAGGGGUGUCAGCUGACUCCCCCUCUACACCACAGAGGCCU